GAUGGGGGUGAAGGGGGGGGAGAGAGGGAGGACGACGGAGGGAAGACGCUGAGCACCAGAAGCAACAAACUUAAACAACGACGUGUGAGCCGGUGAUGAACUGAACUGAGUCUUCACAAACAGGAAGUGACCUCACUCCUGCAUCCAGGUGUGGACUGACGUACCUGCGCAGGUGUCGGGAUGCAGCUGAACCAACCUCGCAGCACCCUGCUUGGGUUUGGCCUUCCCCCGCUAGCACCACCUCCUCCUCCUCCUCCUCCUCCGUCCUUCUCCAGUCAGUUCAGCACCAUGCGGUUCUCCUACCACCUGAGCUCCACCAACAGGACAGGUCCCUCCUCCUCCUCCAGUCCCAGCUUGCUGACUAAGAGUCUUUCUCUGGAGCCAUCCUGCUCACCGUGUGGCCAUCACGGGGCGCUGGACUCCGACGCUCCCCAGCAGCCCAGCUCAGAUCCGGGGCCCAGCUCCUGCUCCUCAGGCCCCAUCUCCUUGGAGGGGGGGCCGAUGCUAACAGAGCGCCGUGGCUCCGCUAAUGGCCUGUUGCUGGUCAAUGACAUGGGGCCGCCGGAGUCGCCAGCUACCACGAUGACACCACCAAGCAAAAGGCCUCCGCUGCCUGGGCCAAAACCUCAGGUCCCCCCAAAGCCCCCCCACCUGCAGCAACAGGCGGGGCUGUCGAGGCCACGCCUCCGAGCUCCAGACAAGCCCCUGCCCCCACCUCCGCCCUGCAGACCACUCCCAGCAGACCCCCGGGGAAACCGGUCUCCGCAAACCCAUGGCGAAGGAACGGCGUCCCCUACUUGUGUCAUGUCGCUCAUUGAGAAGUUUGAGCGUGAGCAGAUCAUCGUGGUUCCUGACAUCACUGGGGGCGCUCUGGGUCCUCGCCUCUCUGACCCUCCCUCCUCCCUGUCCUCCUCACGACCUUCAUCACCACCACCAUCGUCAUCAUUGCCUGCCCCUCCCCCACUUGAUGAGGAGCCGCCCUCUGAGCUCAAAAGCCAGAAUGACAUUACACUGCGGGGUGAAGGCGAGGCAGGAGAUGGUGACCUCCACAGUGAUCAUGAUGAUGAAGACGUGGCAGUGGCAUAUCAUGAUGACCUCCAUCAGAAGCGUCUCUCUAUGGAGUCAGGUUACAGCGCCUCAGAGAAACACCUGGAGGAUGAUGUGGUUGCCGUGGAGAUGAGGGAGCAACAACAGGAGCAGUCAUUGCUGCUCGACCAACAAGAGCUCCCUUCGGAGCACCUGUCCCUCCCGUCCUCGCAGACAGAUGGCAAGCUGGCCAAUCGGGACAGCGGCAUCGACAGCAUCAGCUCUCCGUCUCAUAGUGAGGAGCUCUGCUUUGCUGGAGUGGAAGAGGGGGGCGUGGCUUACCCAUGCAGUCCCGCCCUCCUGCCCCGCCUCUCAAGCUUAUCCUCAUACGCUGGAGAGGGAGGAGAGGGCGAGAGCGAGGAGAUGCAGGGCGGAGCCAGGAGGAGGAGGGAGUUCUCCGAGGAGGGAGACAGUGACCUGGAGGAGGAAGAGGCGGAGCUAACUCUGAUGCUGCCUCCGCCCAAGACAGACAGACAGGACUCCACUGAGCUUUCUGUCCAGCAGAGGGUCUUCAACAUCGCCAAUGAGCUGCUGCACACAGAGACUGCAUACGUCUCCAAGCUCCACCUGCUGGAUCAGGUUUUCUGUGCCAGACUCCUGGAGGAGGCUCGCUCCCGCUCCUCCUUCCCCUGUGACGUUGUUCAAGGAAUCUUCUCAAACAUCUGCUCCAUCUACUGCUUCCAUCAGCAGUUCCUGUUGCCGGCACUGCAGAAACGGAUGGAGGAGUGGGACUCAAACCCGCGGAUCGGGGACAUCCUGCAGAAGCUGGCUCCCUUCCUGAAGAUGUAUGGCGAGUAUGUAAAGAACUUUGACCGAGCCAUGGAGCUGGUGAACACCUGGAUGGAGAGAUCAGCUCAGUUCAAGACAAUCAUCCAGGAGAUUCAGAGGGAGGAGCGCUGCGGUAACCUGACACUACAGCAUCACAUGUUGGAACCGGUUCAGAGGAUUCCUCGCUAUGAGCUGCUGCUCAAAGACUAUCUGCAUCGUCUGCCGGAGGACGCCCCAGACUACAGGGACGCCCAGAAGUCCCUGGAGCUGAUCGCCACAGCAGCUGAACACUCCAACGCCGCCAUCAGGAAGAUGGAGCGAAUGAGGAAGCUGUUAAAGGUGUACGAGUUGUUGGGAGGAGAAGAAGACAUUGUUAGUCCGACAAAUGAGCUCAUUAAAGAGGGCCACAUCCUUAAACUGUCCAACAAGAACGGGACUACACAGGACAGAUACCUCAUACUGUUUAAUGACCGCUUGCUGUACUGCGUCCCAAAGCUUCGUCUGAUUGGUCAGAAGUACGGUGUCCGAGCCCGUAUCGAUGUGGACGGCAUGGAGCUGAAAGAGACCAGCAGUGUUGCUGUUCCCAGGACUUUUCUGGUGUCUGGAAAACAGAGAUCACUGGAGCUGCAAGCCAGGACAGAGGAGGAGAAGAAAGACUGGAUUCAGGCCAUCCAGGCGACCAUUCAGAGACACGAGCAGACGGUCGAGAGCUUCAGACAUCUGAGCUGCUCACUGCGAGAUGAAGAGUCCACACCGCCCCACUCCCCGAGCUGUGUGGAGCUGGGAAAGAGAGCUCCGACGCCCAUCAGAGAGAAGGAAGUCACUCUGUGCAUGAAGUGUCAGGAGCCGUUCAACUCCAUCACCAAAAGACGCCAUCACUGUAAAGCCUGCGGACACGUGGUUUGUGGAAAGUGCUCUGAGUUUCGCGCUCGUCUGUCAUACGACAACAACCGAACCAACCGUGUUUGUGUCGACUGCUACGCCAUGCUGGUGGGAGUGUCACCCUCGCCUGGCAUGCUGACCAGCGGCACCCACAGGAGGCGCUCCAUCCUCGAGAAACAAGCCUCCCUGGCAGCAGAGAACAGUGUGAUUUGUAGUUUUCUUCACUACAUGGAGAAAGGAGGAGGACGGGGCUGGCAGAAGGCCUGGUUCGUCAUCCCUGAAAAUGAACCACUGGUGCUUUACAUCUACGGAGCUCCACAAGACGUGAAGGCGCAGCGCAGCGUGCCUCUGAUUGGCUUCGAGGUCUCUCUUCCUGAGUCAUGUGACCGCCUCGAGCGACGCCACGCCUUCAAGAUCUCCCAGAGUCAUCUGACCCUGUUCUUCAGUGCCGAGGGGGAGGAGCUACAGCAGCGAUGGAUGGAAGUCCUGUCAAGGGCCGGGAGGGGGGAGGAGCAUCCAGUUCACAGGCCAAUCGUGGAGAGUCUGGACGAGGAGGGGGAGGAGCUGGCAGCUGCAGCGGAGGGGGAGAACACAUGAUUUUGUUGAAAAGGGAAAAAUGGAGGGGUCAUUAAAUGAAGACCAGUCCUUAUUGGAAGCCAGUACCAAACCAGUACAUACAUUUAUAUCUGAUAUUCAACACACACACACUGUGUAUUUAAAGUUGCGUGGUUCAUCUGCAUGAUUCCCACUCACUGUCAACACAAGAUGGCGUCUCUCUCUGUCUUUACCUGUGUGAUAACGCAUGGAGGUGGGCGGUUCUUCUUCUCACAGUAAACCUUCCUUUUUACCAGGAACCUCGGAACUGUGAAAACUGACCCCAAAUUUACAAGUGAAUAUAGACUUUUCCAUUCAGAUCAACAAAACAAUCAACAACAAAGCACAUCAAACUCAUCAAAUAGAAAACUUUCUAUUCUGCAUUGUUUUCAGGAGCCCAGUGCAUUUUAUUGGUUCACUCACACACUCAGUGCUGUUAUUGGCACGUUCUGUGUGCUCGUUUACAUGUUUUUCCCCUGCAUGGCACCACAAAACAGUCAAAAAUUACAGGAGACAACCUCAAGAAGGUUAAAAAACAUCAUGACACUGGACGAUCAGUGUGGACACACCAGAGUUCAUUUCCUGUCACAGAGCUGCGAUCAGGUUCGAAGGUCUUUGUUCUUUUGACCGCCGCUGUGUUCCUCUGUUCAUCUACCAAAUCACAACUGUCAUGCGUCACUCUGCAAACACGAGUGGAACCGAUUUACAAGCACAUAGAAACACAUGUUGGAGUCAAACUGGACAAAUGGUCGCAUCCCACCUGAGAGCUGUGGAGUGGGACCUCAACCUGAUAGGACUGCCCAUGAAAUAAGAGAUUCAAGAAGAAAUUCUUCUCUGUCUUUAAGAGAUAAAGAUUAAAUGGUGCUGGUUUCCUGAAAGAUGCCAACAGGAAGUUGAUAUCAACUAUUUGACUCUUGAAAUGACAGAAGAAAGAGACUUUUAAACAUGACAAGAAAAAGACUGAGGUGACCUCGUUAAAUGCACUUAAAAAACAAUGAGAUUUGAAUCCCAAAUUUCCCCUGAAGAAAAACCCUUAAUUAAUCUUCCCUUUGUUGGAUUUUUAGCUUGACUCUCACUGGCUUUGCUGCUGUCUGUAAGGAAACUACAUUUCCCAGCAGCUUCUGCUCUGAGGGUUUCACUGAAGUCGUUCGUCACAGUCCUGAUGAUAUCUCGCUUAGAGAUACAGUUUAUCCACACAGUAUUUAAUAAUUUAUGAAUUAUAUACUGUAUUUUAGUAGUAUUUCUCUGUCAGAGGUAGUUUAAUCUGCUCAUUCAAAAAAUGGAGCAAAGGAACUGGGACCACUCGAUUUUAUAAGAGUUUAACAGAGAAAUGACAAAUUAUUAAAACCGUCAUGCGUUCAGGGCUGUGUUCUGCCUGAUGAAUUUAAGAUGGAAUCAUCUUUGUUAAAGCCCCAAAAGUUCCAAUUCACUGCUUUUUAUUUAUGGAUAUCUGUCAAA